AUGUCGUACAAGCCAAACAAACGCUCGCGCGCAACCUUCGAAAACGAAGAUACAUCACCCUACCUAGUCUACGGCACUCCGUUUCCAAAACCCGAUCCGAAAUCUAAAGAUGAAGAUGCAAAUCUCCCCGUGUGGAAACAAGAGGUUGUCGACGAACGCGGUCGGAAAAGGUUACACGGCGCGUUCAUGGGUGGAUUCAAUGCUGGGUAUUUCAAUACCGUUGGGUCGAAAGAAGGAUGGGCGCCGUCGACAUUCACUUCGUCCCGUACGAACCGUGCGAAGAUUACAGCGUUAAAACCCGAAGAUUUCAUGGACGAUGAAGAUCGUGUUGAAGCCGAAGCCGAAGAGGAGAGACGGGUACAACGUGAAGCUGAAAUUGCAGCUGCAGCUGGUGAAGGGACGGGAUCUACAGCUGAGGAGCUAGCUGCCCGAGGGCUCGAUAAUACUGCGAAAUUAUUCGAAAUGCUAGGACCAACCACAAGGACUGUUGAUGAAUAUCCGGUCGGAAAGAAGUUAAUGCAAAAACUCGGGUGGAGGGAGGGGACGGGGAUUGGACCUAAAGUUAGGAGGAAAAUUAGGGAUCAGGAAGGUGGUGAUGAGGAUUUCAAGACGUAUUGGUUCUUGCCGGAGGAGGUCAAGGUGAUAGAGUAUCCUGUUAAAACGGACGUGAAGGGGGUAGGGUAUACUGGGGAAUUGAAAACCGAGGGUGUUGAUGAAGAGGACAAGGCGGUACAAAAGACCAAGGCGGUUGUUAGGAAGCCGAAUGCACGGUUAGGAAUGGGAGUGGGGGUUUUUAAUGAUGACGGCGAGGACGAUGAGGAUAUUUACGAAAUCAAGCCAAAGUCAGCCUACAACAAGGUGCUUGGGGGAGAUAAGAAGAAGAAGAAGGCUGCCGCAACAACUGGGACAGUUGCCACCGCCGCGGGUGGAGCUGCGGCCAAACCAGCACUUAAAGUACCCGGACGACAUGUGUUUGUUUCAAAAAAGAAUAGCUCGAAGAUACGAAGGUGUCGAGAUGGGACACUGCCUUUGCCUGGGUUUAUUCUUCACGAUGAACCGUACUUGGAUCGGACGGCAAAGGAUUUCCCACUACCUGAGGUCCCUGAAGGGUGGAUACCUAAGCGAUUGCUAGCAGAUCCUGCGAAAUAUGCUGCUGCUGCUGCUGCGCGAGCGGAAGCUAGCAGUGUACCAUUGGAUAGCAAGGCGAGAGGCAUACUUCUUGGUGAAGAGCAGAAGCCUGGGAAGUCCGUAUUCGACUUUUUGACACCCGCAGCGCGAGAACGGAUUGCGUCAGCUUCUGGGAAGAAUAAUCUUCCAAAAGCGAAAGGUGAACAAGUGGAUACGGGUAAAGACUCGGUGCAAAAGGCGAAGGAUGCGAUACCAUACUUGGAGAAAGAAGUGGCGGAGAAUGCGCUGAAGGGCUUCUUACCAUAUGCGGAUGCACCUGAGAAGAAAGUGAGGUAUCGGAAUUUCUUGGAGAUCAAGGCUGGGAUACGAUGUGGCAUGCCAGUGAGGGAUAAAGGCGUAUCACUCGAAGACUGGGGUCGAGAAUUACAUGAGUUUGCACAUGCGGCGAGGAUAUUCAAGCCAGUUACAGGGUUAAUGGCGAAUAGAUUUACAUCAUCAAGUUCUAUGGCUUCGCAAUUACCGACAAAUACGGGAACAGAUGAAGAAGAAUUGCUGAUCACCAGACCUGCGGCAAAAGUCGAAGAUCCAGCGCUUAUGGCGGCAAAGAUGGGGAUGUAUGGUACUAUGACAAGAAGUAUAGUGCAGUUUUACCCGACGAGGCUACUCUGUAAGAGGUUUAAUGUUCCUCCGCCGGUGCAUGUGGAUCCCUCUGUCGGGGAUGAAGGGGUUGGAGGGGGAGGGAGAGGUGUGGAGCUGGUGGGGAAGAGGGAAAUGGAUCGGUUGAUGAUCGAGGCGAAUACCAAUCCCGAUUGGAGGGGUAUGAGGAGCGUGGGGUUUGAAAGUGCGGGGAGGGAAGGUAGUGAUAGUGCAGGGAAUCUAUAUGCAUAUGGUAAUAAUGGUGAUAGAGGUGGGGAUAGAAUGGAAGUUGAUGAGCGGGUGGAUGAGGAAGAAGUUGAUGCGAAUCACAACCCAGCGCUGGAAAUACCGAGGGCGGGAGAUGAGGUGUUCAAAGCGAUAUUUGGAGACGACUCGGAAGAUGAGGACUAG